AUGGCCGGGUCCCCUUGCGCCGCCGUCAUCGAGUCGACCAAAGCGCCUUGCACCUUCAAGCCCAACCUGCCGAGCAAGUAUUGCAACAAGCACAAGGUGCUGUGGGAGCGCAAGGAUGAGGUCGCUGCCGCCGGCGGACGAGAGUGCAAGCAGUUAGCGACCCACGUCAAGCGGGGGUGCUUGGGGAUGCUGGAAGCGGACGACAAGUCCUGCUGCAAGGCGUGCAAGAGGAUGAAUGCGGAGAAGGACAAGAAGGCCGACGCCAGGAAAGAGGCGGCGGCGGUGGCGAGUCUACGGCCGGGGCAGGUGGUUUGCAACAACUGCAAGGAGCCGAAGGACGCGAGCGAGUUCGACGAACACGCGUUGAGCCACGCGACCAAGGGAGCAUACUGUAGAGGGUGCCGGGACAAGCGCGAGAGUGCCGAGAGGAAUCGCACGAUAACGGAGGCUCGUUUGAAGAGGCAGCGCGAGUACGAGAAGUCGGAUGAGAGGAUAGCCAGCAAGAGAUUGCUGAGGGAGGCUUUUCCCGAGCGGUCGGCGCAAUACUCGCGUGACGCGCGGGCUCGUUGGAAGGAAGCGGAUCCGGAGGCUUAUCUAAAGAAGCAAGCGGGGGCGCAAUUGCGUCAGAGAAACCGCGAUCUCGUCCUCACCGGUCCAAACGGAGACAUCACGGGGGCGGAGUUCAUCAUUCAAGAGGGAGGCACGUGCUUCUAUUGCGGAGAUGGAGAAGACGAACAUCCCUUGACCGUCGGGAAGAUGGACCUGUCGGACGAGUCUCUCGACGCUCGGACAUUUGUACCGCUCUGCGUCG